AUGGUGUCCCUAAUGUCGACCGGCUCAGGUUUGCAGGCUGAAGGAGAAGAGGGGAAAGGCGGUGGGAGAGGAGGAGGGAAGAAAAGAGGAUUAGGAGGUGGUGAUGAAUCAGCAACUGCUUUUAUUGGAUUUCCACCAUUUAUGACGCAGUUCAGCUUUAAUAGUGGAAAACUAAAAGCCUUUCUGUAUGUAAUUAGGUUAAAGUUGACUGUAGUGUUAUGUUUCGUUGAUUAG